AUGGACCCAACCCGGCCGCGGCGCCCAGCCACGCGGGCCGACUUUGAGAUUGCCGUCAUCUGCGCUCUCCCCAUCGAAGCCGAUGCCGUCCACGCCCUUUUCAACCGCCACUGGGACGAUGACGGGCCGCCCUACGACAAAGCCCCGGGCGACCCCAACGCGUACUCCACCGGCGCCAUCGGCCGCCACAACGUCGUCCUUGCACAUAUGCCAGGUAUGGGCAAGGCCAGCGCCGCGGCCGUCGCUGCCGGUUGCCGCGCGAGUUUCCCCAACCUCAAGCUCGCCCUCAUCGUUGGCGUUUGCGGUGUCCUUCCCUUCCGUCCCGGGAGCAGCGGGACAGCCGAGACCGUACUCGGCGACGUUAUCGUGAGCGAUGGUGUCGUACAGUACGACCAUGGACGGCGACUGCCCGAACAGUUUGUGCAGAAAGACACGCUUCUGGACACCCUGGGCAGGCCGAACACCGAGAUCCGCGCGCUACUCGCCAAGCUCAAAGGCCUCCGUGGCCGGAAGAUGCUGCAGGACAAGAUGGCCGGCUAUAUGGACGUGCUCCGAGGCGAGCCGGAACUGGCGGCCGCGUACCCCGGUGCUGCGGAGGACAAGCUAUUCGAGGCGACAUAUCGCCAUGUCACUGACGGGAUGUCAUGCAAGGAGUGCGGUUGCGACGGCAAGCUGUUGCGGCGUGCCCGCCUCGAGCAGGGCGAUGGACAACCUGCGGUCCACUUUGGCCUGAUUGCGUCGGGCGACACGGUUAUGAAGUCGGGCAAGGACCGCGACGCCAUCGCGCAGCGGGCGGGUGUUAUAGGGUUUGAAAUGGAGGGCGCCGGCGUUUGGGACGUCUUCCCUUGUGUGAUCAUUAAGGGUGCGUGCGACUACGCGGACAGCCACAAGACCAAGGCGUGGCAGCGGUACGCAGCCGCGACCGCGGCGGCAUGUAUGAAAGCAUUCCUGGAUCACUGGAUACCUUCGAUGACAGGUACGUAA